AUGCUCCGACCCGGGUAUUUAUUGCUUGAUUUAUUGCGUAAUAAUGUCACUGCUACGAGAUUGGCAGAUAUUUAUUUCGUCGACAAAGAAGCAGAGAAAGGCAAAAACGCGAAAGACAUCUCUUGCAAAAAUGGCUGCUAUUUGGUUUACUCCCCUAAAAAUGCCUGGCUUCCGGCCAACAGACAGACACCUGCUGAGAAACAGUGUAUAGCCCAACGUGACACGGAUGUCCCUUCAGAUAUUAACAUUUUCUCAUUUACUCAGAAUUCAUUCAAACCUCCUCGUUCUUUUUCUUUUCUUCGAAGCCAUAUUAUUCCUUGUUCGAUUUCUUUUCUUUUAAACAUUCAUUCACCUUGUUUUUUUUCUUUUCCUUCUAAACCAUCACUCUCCUUGUUCCUUUUUUUUCUUCUAAGCCAUCACACAGCUUGUUCGUUUUCUUUUUCUUCUAAACCUUCACAGUCCUUGUUGUCUUUUUCUUCUAAAUCAUCACUCUCCUGUCAUUCUACCUCCCUGUUCUUUUUCUUUUCUUCUAAGCCAUAUCAUUCCUUGUUCGUUUUCUUUUCUUUUAAGCAUUCACCCUCUUUGUUUUUUUCUUUUCCUUCUAAACCAUUACUCUCCUUGUUCGUUUUCUUUUUUCUACACCUUCACACACUUUGUCCGUUUUCUUUUCUUCUAGUCAUUCAACCUCCUCGUUCUUUUUCUUUUUUUAAAAGCCAUAUCAUUCCUUGUUCAUUUUCUCUUCUUCUAAGCCUUAACAUCCCUUGUUCGUUUUCUUUUCUUCUGAACCUUUACCCUCCGCUUUCGUUUCCUUUUAUUCCGUACAAAUUCUUCUUUUUCUACUCUUCCUCUUUCUCCCCCUUCUCCUCCUCCUUCUUCUGUGUCUUCUUCUGCGUCCUCCUCUUCUUUUCCUCUUACUUCUUCUUUUUUUCUUCUACUCUUCCUCUUUCUCCUCCUCCUCCUUCUUAUUCUUCUGCGUCUUCUUCUUCUUCUUUUCCUCGUACUUCUUCUUUUUCUUCUUCUUCUCUUUCUUCUUCUUCUCUUUCUUCAUCUUCUACUCUUCCUCUUUCUUCUUCUUCUUCUUCUUCUCUUUCUUCUUCUGCUCUUCUUUUUCUUCUUCUACUCUUCUUCUUCUUCUACUCUUCUUCUUCUACUCUUCCUCUUUCUUCCUCUCUUUCUUCAUCUUCUACUCUUCCUCUUUCUUCUUCUUUUUCUUCUUUUCCUCUUUCUUCUUCUUCUUCUACUCUUCUUCUUCAUAAUCUUCUACUCUUCCUUUUUCUUCUUCUUCUUCUUCUUCUUCCAUUAUAA